AUGCACUUUCGUGCCACAUUUGGGGCAAAAAUUGGCCAUGGCAUACUGGCCGACUUUCGCCAGGAAGCAGCAAUCCUUGGGCGAAAAGUAGCAGUUCUGGAUUUUGUUAAACCAUCACCAAUUGGCAGUACCUGGGGUAUUGGAGGCACCUGUGUUAAUUUUGGUUGUAUCCCAAAGAAACUCAUGCAUCAGGCUGCUAUACUAGGACACGACUUAGAUGAUGCAAGGGAAUAUGGAUGGAGUUUUGAUACAACUGUUAGUCACAACUGGGCCACAAUGAAAGAAAGUGUUCAGAAUCACAUUGGGUCCCUUAACUGGGGUUACAGAGUAGAACUCCCAGAUAAAAAGGUCACAUUCAUAUAA